UGGUUUCCUUUCCAAUUCUCUUUUUCCUCUUAAUGCCCUAUUAAAUCUUUUUAAGCAACAAAUUCAUUAUCAUCAACUUCAAACACAAGAUCUACAGCUUCUUCCUCAACACAACAUUCAAAUUCAACCAUUUCUCUCCCGGAACAAUUUUUUAAUCAAAUUGUUAAAACCAGACACAAAAAGAAUUGUGUGUUUUGUUGUGUGUCUUUUUGUGUUUUGUUUUAACAAUUUCAUUAAAAAAUAGUGUCGGAAGAGAAAUAGUUUAUCUGAUGCUGUUGGUGAAUGAAUAUUGAUGUUGAUGGGUGGUGGUGGUGGAUUAGUUAUGUUGAUAUUAAUAGGAAGUUGUGGAGGUGUGUGUUGAUCAGAAUUGUUUUCGAAAGCAAUGAGAAAAUUGUUGUAGAUUGCACAAUUACCCAAGGAGAAUUCCAAAAAUUCUUUGAAGGUAAAAUUGUUGGGGUAGAUAGUAGCUGUUUGAAUGUGAAAUUGGAACGACUUUGUUUCAUCAAAUAAUAAAUUAACCAUUUCUGGAUUAAAUAUAUUUUUCAAUUUUGCACGUUCAAAAGCACAAUUAGAAAGUUGUUCCAAACAAAAUUGAAUAAUUAUAUCCCCUUCAGUUUUUGGAAUGUUUGGAAAUUUCAGAAUAUAACGGAUGUUUUUGUUCUCUAAAUAAAAAAAGUCUUAAUAAAGAUUUGUGGUGUUAUCAAGGAUCUAGUAUAGAUUAAUGUAAAGCUAUUUAAUUCCUAAGGCUGUGCAGUAAGCGGCGUGGUGUAAUAAAUAACACAUCCGUCCGGUCUACUGAAGAUGCUGGCUCACUCCCAGCAAGUUUAUUCAGCGGCUGGGAGCUGGCCCUCAUCCAAAUUCUAAUCCUCCUCCAAAUCUUUUUCAAAUUCUCAAUCUGAUAAGUUCCUUCAAAUACACUUGAAAGCGAGGAUUUUCGGAAGAAAAAAGAAUUUCUUAGGAAUC